UCUUGUUCACCUUUCCGACCAAAUUAGACAGGCAUUUAGUUCUCCCUCCUCCCCGUUCCUCUAUUCAUUCAUUCAUUCAUCUCUCUCUCUCUCUCUCUCUCUCUCUGCCUCUGAGAUCGAGGAGGAGCCAUGUCGUUCCGAAUGUCAAGUGCAUCUUCUGGGAUGGGAGUAGCUGACCACAGCAGGACUACAUUUCUUGAACUGAAAAGGAAGAAAGUGCAUCGUUAUGUGAUAUUUAAGAUUGAUGAAAAGAAAAAGGAGGUGGUUGUUGAGAAGACAGGAGCUCCAGGGGAGAGCUAUGAUGAUUUUGCUGCUGCACUGCCUGAGAAUGAUUGCCGAUAUGCCAUCUACGACUUCGAUUUUGUGACUGAUGAGAAUUGCCAGAAGAGCAAGAUAUUUUUUAUUGCAUGGUCUCCUUCCAUCUCCCGCAUCCGUGCUAAGAUGCUGUAUGCCACAUCUAAGGAUCGAUUUCGACAGGAGCUUGAUGGAAUCCAUUAUGAGAUUCAGGCUACCGACCCCACAGAGAUGGAUUUGGAUGUGCUCAGAGACCGUGCAAACUAAGUCUACCAAGUUGCACGAACUUUUGUCGCAACAACCAGCUUGAUUUGGGCCUCCUGCCCUCAGGUGUGGUUGAUCAUGUGUAUUGUCUGGUUCAAUGCACAAUUGGUUAUUUGAAUAAAUAGAUCUCUACACCUGAAAAGGGCUCAUGGAAGAGCUCCCUUGUUUAGUUAGAUAUCUUAUAUGUCCGAAGUGUGUGUUCCUCGAUUUGAAAGAUGCUUCUCAGUUAGUGGGCUUUGGUUGUGUUAAAUGACUUCAGCUCACAAGUAUCUGGAAACAAUCUUGCCAACAUGUCAUGUUUGCUGUGUUGCUGUGAUGGUGUUUGCUUAUUAGCUUCUCUCUUUUCCUCCUUUUCACUUGAGGGUUAUUAUCAUUUGCUUUGACACUAUGUAAUAGAAAAUACAGGGCCGUUUCCCUGGUUGGUGGAUUGAUGCA